AUGGCGUCCUCGGAAAUUGCACAAUGCCUAUCUGCCACCCUUUCUACGGAUACAAACACGCGUAUAUCUGCAGAGCUCAAGCUCAGUCAGCUCCUGAACUCGCCAGAAGCCGCGUUGGCUUUAUCGCAGCUAGUCCUGACCUCAGAGGCUGAUUUGUCUCUCAGACAGUCUGCUGCUAUCAUUCUGAGGAAAUAUGUCACCGAACAUUGGUCUCCAUACUUCUCCCAGUUCAAGGGCAACGCACCACCACCAGAGGUUAAGACUCAGAUCCGCCAGGCAGUCUUCCAAGGUCUUUCAGACCCUACCCGCAAAAUUCGUUCACUAUGUGCACGCGUUCUCUCCUCAAUAGCAAACUCCGACUGGCCUGAUGAAUACCCCGAACUCCUCAACUCUCUGAUCGGCCUCCUCUCCUCCCUCUCACCUGACUCCGUACACGGUGCUAUGCAAGUCUUCACCGAGUUCAUCAAGUCCGACCUCACUGAGGAUCAGAUCCUUCCCGUACUACGCCAACUCCUCCCCGUCCUCCUCAAUAUCCUCGGUGCCCCUGAGCAACACUCAUCCUUGACACGUUCCCGAACACUAUCUGUCUUCCGCCAAUGCGUCGAGUCGCUAUACAUGGUGAAGGACCAAUACCCCGAGGCGGUCAAGGAGGCGACCAGCUCUGUGCUCCCGGUCUGGCUUGACGCGUUCAAGACUCUGUUGCGUGUCGACCCCCUUCAGGACGUUGAAAAUACACCUAAUUGGGACGGCCUCGCCAUCCGCAUCCAGGUCUUCAAGACCCUUGACACGAUCCAGACCUCUUUCCCCCGCGCACUCGCCCCGCAUCUCCAAGACCUCCUUAGCGCCGCGCUCCUCCACCUCUCCGUUCUUUACCCUACGUUCCACCACUACUACCUUCAACAGGCCGCCGCCGUUCCGCGCUCAAGCGAGGACGAGACCAUCGAGCUUAUCCACCUCAUCUGCCCGAUGCUGGACUUCGUUGCGAGCGUCGCACGUUCCGGGCGGGCCAAGGACUGGUUCGAGGGCGAUAACUUGUCGAAUCUUGUCACGCUGGAAGAGGAGUGGGCGAAUAACGCGAACGCGUUCGUCGCGCAGGAGUCCGACGACACCUUGUCGUACAGCGUUCGCAUGGCCGGCUUCGAUUUACUUGGGGUUCUGAUUGACCGGAACGCCGUCGCCACAGUCAAGACCUUCGAAGCAACCAUCGCCCGUGUCGUUGCCGAGACUCAACAACACCGCGAGUCCGGCAGCCAAGACUGGUGGCGACCACUGGAAGCUGCCCUUGCGGCUGUCGGCUCGCAGCACGAAGACGUGCUCGACGCGAUCGACGACGAGAUCGACUCUGGACGCGGCAAGCCGAUCGAUAUCGGCUCGCUCUUGACGAACGUCGUCCCCAACUUCCUCAUUCUCUCGCAGUUCCCGUUCCUGCAGGGCCGCGCCUUCGUGUUUGCCAGCCAGUACGCGAAGCUCCUGCCUGGACAGCUCGCGGGCCAGUACCUCGAUGCUGCUAUACAGGUCCUUGAGGCGCCGGAAGCAAGUGUCCCUGUGAAGGUGUCCGCGGUGAAAGCCAUUCACAACUUCUGUCAGAAUGUCGACGACGCGAUCUCCGUGCCCCUCGCGCCGCGGAUCGCCAAAGACAUUGGACCUUUCCUGCCCGUAACAUCCGAGGACACACUCACGCUGGUGCUCGAGACGCUUGCUGCAGUCGUCGAGAUCGACGAAGGCAAAUGGAUCACGGAGGACCUCGCGCGCGCUCUCGUCUCCGCGUGCCUGGACGUCUGGAUGAAGAACAACAAGGACCCGAUCUUCAUCUCGAUCCUCGGGAACGUCUUCCAAUCGCUCGCGAGUUCCCCAGCGUACCAGGCCGUCGUGCAUCAGGCGCUCCCUGCGCUUACAACCGCCCUGAUGAGUGCCACUGAAGUCGACUCGUACGUCGCGAGCGCGGCGUUCGAGCUCGUUGGCGCGCUUGUUGAGGGUGCGCCUGCGAGUGGGCUGGGCGAUGGGUUCUUCGCGAUACUUGCCCCUGCGUUGUAUGCGACCCUGCGUGCGACUGAGGACAGAGAGGCGAUUCAGAACGGCAUCGCGACACUCACGCUCAUCAUCCGCAAAGACAUCAACCAGCUCAUCCACUGGACUGACCCCACGACGGGCCAGUCCGGGCUCGACGGCGUUCUGCAGGUGAUUGCGAAGCAGCUGCAGAGUGAGGACGAAUCUGGCGGGCUCGUCAUCGGGGAUCUCAUCAUUCACCUGUUGAGGCGCGCGGGCGAGGCGGUCCUGCCUGUGCUCCCGCAGCUGCUCGAGGCGAUGGUUAGGAGGAUGCGUACGGCGAAGACGGCGACGUUCUUGCAGAGCUUGAUCAUCCCCUUCGCAUUCUUGAUCCACAAUCAGCGUGACACAGUCCUCAACCUCCUCGAAAGCCAGCAAAUCGACGGCACAGCCGCACUGGACAUCCUCGUUCGCACGUGGUGUGAGAACGCGGAGACAUUCCAAGGCUUCUGGCCGCCUCGAAUCUCCACCCUCGCGCUCUGUUCGUUAUACGUUAGCGAACGCCCCAGCUUGCAGAAUCUCGUUGUAAAGGGUGAUAUUGUGGUGAAGCCGGAGACGAAGAACGUGAUCAUGACGCGCUCGAGAACUAAGCAAAUCCCCACGGAGUUCACGUCCGUACCAUUCCCUGUCAAGGCGCUCAAGCUCCUCUUGCACGACCUGCAGUCCGGUGGUGAAGCGGCGUCCAUGGGCUUCUCGGCAAAGGACGUCUCAGAAGUAGCUUCGGACGACGGGGCCGAGGACUGGACCGAGGAGGAGGCGCUCCACCAGGGCUUCAAGGCGGACGAGUUUGCGUUCCUGUCGGACAUGCUAGGCCCCCGCGGGGUGGCGUUCGACAACGACGACGCGCUCGAGGGUAAUGACGAUGAGGAUCUGAAGAACGACCCGGUCUCGACGAUGGACUUGCAGGCACACCUGCUAGGCUUCUUCAAGGAGUGCGCGGCGAGGAAUACGGGCAACUUCUCCGCUGUGGUACAACAGCUCACCCCGGAGGAGAUUCAGGUGGUGCAAAAGGCGGUCAGCCAGUAGUCAUCGAUAGACACGGUCGAUGUUGGAAAAUGUUUGGUAGCCAUCCGUGUUGGAAAGAUAUUACGACGUCACGAUCAUGUAGAGUUCCUUAGAUAUGCAAAUGAGGGAUCCAUUGGAGACAUUAUGUGCAGUCCUGUGUGAUAUAAAGUAUGUACUGUUGCUUGAGACGAUGCUCUAUAGUACAGACUUCCUGCGAUAGGCCAAAACUUAACAAGUAUCCAACGUGGCAGGGGCCCAGCCCAACACUCCCAACGCAAUACUCAAAGUCCCUCCUUGCCCAUAUCCCACUCCCUCACCGCCCCGCGCUUCUUAUACUUGAUAUCCAGCGCGCUCACCUCCCCUGCCUUCUUCUCACUCGCCUUAUCCUUCUCUUUACUGAUCCCCCAGCGCUCCAUCGCCUUCUUGUCCUCCCUGUCCUGCCGCCGCAGGCGUAUGAUCUCGAGCAUCGCGUCCCACCCCGCAAACUCGGCGUCACUGAUGAGGCCUGUGGCAGGGAUCGUCGGCAUCGUGAGGGGGGCAACGUCCAGGCGCGGGUCGUAUGCCUCAUCGAAAUACUUGUCCAUCUUGGACGGGAGAUUGGACGCUGGGGGUGGGAUGGGCGGACCGACGGAAGGCGAACGGGAACGCGAGCGUGAGCGCGAGGGAGAGAGGGAGGAGUGGAGGGUGCGAGAGGACGAAGAGCCGGGCUUGGAGGGUGUGGCGCGGCGCGAGGAUCUGCACUUAGGGCGCUCGUGCUCGUGGUCCUGGGCACGGCGAGGGGACGGCGAUGGGCUCUGAUGCGAAGGGGAGCGCGACUGAGACGCACAGCGCGACUUCUUACGAGAAGAUCUAUAGCUUCCCUCGCGCUCAUGGUCGUAUUCGGGCGAAGGCGAUCGACUGGGUGGACGCCGAGAAGACCUCCGGGUGCGGUCAAGCGAAGGAGUGCGACCUCGGUCUGAAGGAGGCGUCGGCGUAGGUUCCGUGGCUUUGGCCUUGCCUUCCGCCCUGAGUCGCGCACGGAGCUCGUCUUCGCGUGAGACGAGAGUCUUCUCGCUGUCUUGGGUAUCCUGAGUCACAGACGCCUGGCGGUCGGCAUAGUCGGAAGAGUCACCAUCCUUCUGAGAAUGCGAAGGAGAUGGGGAAGAUGUCCGUGAAGCUCUAGCCGCGCGGUGCCGUGGGUGGUCAUCAUCGGGCGAUGCUGAGUAUCGCGAAUGCGCUGGAGAUCUGCUAGCAUGCCGGCGACGAUGUCGAGGUUCCGUGCUGCGCUCCCGCCGCCUUCGCUUGUGCCUGUCUUCAUCGUCUGCCUCGCGAUCCGGAGGGCGACUUCGUUUUCUCUCCCGAUGGCGGCGCCUGUACUCACGAUCCUCAUCGUCUUCUUCUCGGCGGGGAUAUCGAUGAGAACUCCUGGACCGAGACCGCCUCGACUUGUGAGGCCGCCUGCUCUUCCGCUCCCUCUCCUGGCCUUCCUCUAGCGAGCGCGAGCGCGAACGGUGCCUGUACCGGCGAUCUCUCCUGUCCGACCGCCGCUCCCUAUCUUCACCACGGUCAUCAUCUUUCUCCCAGCUUCUCUCUCUCCUCUUCCUGUCACUCCGCCGCUCCCGGGCCCAAUUGUCCGCCCAGUCCGACCUGCCGUCUCCCCUCCGCCGCCUGAGCCUCUCCGCUUCUGCAGCCUCUUCUGCUCUCGCUCUCCGUUCCCUCCGCUCCUGCUCCUCCCUCUCCAAUCUCACUUCCUGCGCAGCUUGAGCCUGAGCGCGGAGGAUGCUCUUAUUGUGGUCAUCUGUGCUCCGGAUGAUGGAGGACAAGAAGCGUUUGUUCGCCUUGGGCGCAUUGCUGUCGAUA